GUACUUAGCCUCACACAUCAGUGAAGCGACCAGCAGCCAUCGCAAACACUGAGCAAGAUGCCUGGUCUUCCGUACCGACCUGCCGACGGCGACAACAAUUACGGUCGCGGCGGCGACGAUGAGGAAGAUGAAGAUGACGAGGUUGAAGAUGCGUCUGGCUACAAGACCGUCAAGGAUGCCGUCCUGUUCGCCAUCGAUGCUUCGAAAAGCAUGCUGACCAAGCCCUCUGAGGCUGAUGAGAAGAAACCUGACACAGCUCUAUCUCCCACGCUAGCAGCAUUGAAAUGCGCCUAUGCGUUGAUGCAACAGCGUAUCAUCAGUAAUCCGCACGAUAUGAUGGGCAUCUUACUUUUCAACACCGAAAAGAGCAAAUUCGAUGAAGGCGAUGACUCAGGAAGGAGUUUCCAGUAUCCUCACUGCUAUCUUCUUCAGGAUCUCAACGUGCCAGCCGCUGAAGACGUUAAGCAAUUACGAACCCUAGUCGACGAUGAAGAGGAAGCUUCAGAGAUACUGCAAGCCAGCAAAGACGAAGUCAGUAUGGCAAAUGUGCUGUUCUGUGCCAAUCAGAUCUUCACCACUAAAGCGCCCAACUUUUCUUCGAGACGACUGUUCCUGGUCACUGACAACGACUAUCCGCAUUCAUCAGAUCGAGAUGCGAGGAAUAGCGCUGCUGUACGCGCCAAAGACUUGUACGACCUGGGCGUGACCAUCGAACUCUUUCCGAUAUCACAUCCGGACCGUGGCUACACGUUCGAUCGCAGCAAGUUCUACAACGACAUUGUAUACUCAGCUACGCCCUCGGAUCCGGAUGCGCCUGCUCCUCUGACAUCAGAUAUCAAAGCUGCGAGUUCCACCGCAAAGGACGGCAUCAGCUUGUUGCAGUCAUUGCUGUCAUCGGUGCAGUCGCGCAAUGCUCCGCGGAGAGCACUCUUCAGUAGUGUGCCGCUGGAAAUUGGACCAGGUUUGAAGAUCGGGGUCAAAGGGUACAUCAUCUUGAAGAGACAGACUCCAGCCAGACAGACGUACAUUUAUCUCCCUUCAGACAGUGAGAAAGCGCAGAUUGCAGUCGGGCACAGCGAGCUUCUGGAUGAAGCCACUGCCCGUACGGUCGAGAAAACUGAGGUACGCAGGGCUUACAAAUUUGGUGGCGAGACAGUCUCGUUCUCUCUGGAAGAGAUGGCGAAGAUCAACGACUUCGGCGAACCGACGAUCCGUAUCAUCGGAUUCAAGCCUCUUAAACUGCUGCCCACGUGGGCGAACCUGGAGAAGUCAACAUUCAUCUAUCCUUCGGAAGAAAGCUAUGUGGGAUCUACUCGUGUCUUCUCCGCUCUGCAUCAGAAACUGCUUCGGGAUCAGAAAUUCGGUUUGGCUUGGUAUAUCCCGCGUCGUAACGCAGCUCCUAGACUCGCCGCCCUCAUCCCAGGUGCAGAGGAGCGCAACGAAGAAGGCGAGCAGCACAUGCCUCCAGGCAUCUGGAUCAAGCCGCUACCGUUUGCAGAUGAUAUCCGUGACAAUCCAGAUGUGAACCUUGUGAAGGCGCCAGAUGAAGUUGUUGAUGCAAUGCGCACGAUCAUCCAACAGUUGCAGUUGCCGAAAGCGGUCUAUGAUCCUCUCAAAUAUCCCAACCCUGCGCUACAAUGGUUCUUCCGCAUCCUGCAAGCAAUGGCGCUGGACGAAGAUUUACCUGAGCAUCCAGACGACAAGACAUUGCCCAGGUGGCGACAAAUUCACAAGAGAGCUGGCGGAUAUGUCAUCGAAUGGGGCGAGAAACUCGACGAGGCGUUCAAUCAAUGGCUCACCGAGAACAAUGCCAGCAUCAAACCUGCUGCUCACGGAGGCGCCAAGAGAACUGCACUGGCUUCUUCAGCGCCUGCUAAGAAGAAGGUGAAAGAUGAGGAUGACGAUGAAGCAGGCAUUACUGAUGCUGACAUGAGAAGCGCCUAUGAGAAGGAGACUUUAUCGAAGUUCAAAGUGAAUGAUCUGAAAACGUGGUUGAAGAGCAAGAGUGUAGGCGCCACUGGAAAGAAACAGGAUCUUGUGGAUGCUGUCACGAGCUAUUUUGAGACGAAGAUGGAGACGGAUUGA